AUGGGUUGGUUUUGGGCCACAAACAAUCCAACAAAUCAUGAUCUAGAAACAAGUGCAUCUAGUGCUUGUCCAGUAGACCAUUCAAAGUAUGCAACUUCCAAGUGUCCCGUGCUUACAGAUUCAUCCGAUAUCAAUCCUUUGAAUAAUAUGCCACAUUCAUUAUCAUCGCAAAAAGCCCCUGGACAAACUAUAAAUUUAUCAACACAAAGAACAACUUCAACUAUUCCUAGUGCUGACAAUUCAUUAUGGGAAUAUCCAUCUCCACAACAAAUGCUUAAUGCAAUGCUUAGGAAAGGGAAAUUGAAUGCAGAUGUGCCCGAAGAUGCAGUUGAAUCAAUGGUAGAAGUACAUAACUUUUUAAAUGAAGGAGCUUGGCAACAGAUUUUAGAAUGGGAAGCACCAUACACACAAGAUACUAAAAUUGAACCAAGAUUGAAAAAUUUCACUGGAAAACCAUUUGAUAUGUCACCUAAAGCCAGAUUUUAUUUAUUAUUGGGAGAAUUCUUUCCAGAAAGUUUUAAUACUGUUCCUCCUUUUGAUAGACAUGACUGGUUUGUUUUGAGAAGUUUGGGAAGAGAUAAAGGUUGGAAAGAAGUUAGAUAUGUUAUUGAUUAUUAUGGAGGACCUGAUGAUAUUGAAACUGGAAUGCCUACUUUUAUAUUGGACACUAGACCAGCUUUGGAUGAUUUUGGAACUAUGAAAGAUAGAUUGAUAAAAUGGGCCAAACCGACUUGGGAAAAAGCAAUGGGUGAGAGAAUUUAG